GCCCUCAGUUCACUUUCUCUCCCUCCCCCUCUUACCCCCCUUUCAGACUGACCCCAGUCUGACAUGCCACAAUGGCAGACAAAAAGACCCCAACAAUAAACCCAGAGACUAACCCGCGCGGUAUCCCCGUCGCCCCCUUCGUCGACAAUGUAACCGACUACGUCUCGACGCGCGCAGACGUCGAGCCCACGCUCCGCUCCUUCCAAGAGAUGAUCUCCAAGUACCAGUUCAUGGAAGUAAACACACAACGACGGGCGGCGGGCCUCCGUGAAAAGAUCCCGGAUAUCAAGAAGACGUUGGAAAUGGUCAAGUUUCUCAAGAUGCGCCGCGAUAAUAACGCCGACCCGCUGGAGACGAACUUCGAAUUGAACGAUACGCUCUAUGCGCGUGCGACGGUCGACCCUGCGGACACAGAGGAGGUGUAUCUUUGGCUCGGGGCGAAUGUUAUGUUGGCUUAUCCGAUUGGGGAGGCGGAGACCAUGUUGACGGAGAAGUUGUCCACGGCGGAGUUGAGUCUGUCGAAUUGUGAUGAGGAUUUGGAGUUCUUGAGGGAGCAGAUUACGACGAUGGAAGUUGCUACGGCUCGUGUCUAUAACUGGGAUGUCGUGCAGCGUCGGAAAGACAAGGCAGAUGGGAAGGGCGACGAAGACGAUGAUACGGCCAAGGGCCCUUCGGGUGCUUAAGGCUUUUUAAUGACUUUGUCUGGCUUAGAAAAGAUUUUUCAUUUACUCGGUUUGCGUAUAUCCUAGUGAGGGUUGGGAUGAAACAAAGUGCUGCCUUGAUUGGUGUAGAUA